AUGAAUAAGAAUUUGUGGUAAAAAAAAAGCAAUUAGAAUAAGCUAACAUAAUUUUUUAUUAGAUAUAUUUUUAGUAUUAUAUUUUUUUAAUAAACAAAUAUAUGCAUUUAAAAUCAAAAUUAGUCAAGUCUACAUCUUUAAUUAGUGAGUAUUUUAAAUACUGAUAAAAAAUUGAUAAAAACUCAAACACACAUCUUUUUAUGCAAGAUAAUACUUUAUUAUUAACUAAUUGUUUGUAGUAAGUUUAUAGAGAAGAUAUAAUAAUUUAUUGAAUUUUUAAGAAAAUCAAUUCGAAAUAGAAUAAAAUAUAAAAUAAUGUAGAUAUUGCUUAAGGCUUUGAUAUUUUUUUCAGCUUUAUUUAAGAUUUCUAAAGCUGCUAGUUGUUCAAGUUGCUUAUAUGGCUGCUGUGAUUAUUAUGGAAAUUGCCCUGACUACAAAGGAUAAUGUGCAUACUACAGUUGCUAUUAUUGUUCAAUAAAUGGAAACUGUGCUACUUAUAGCGAAUGCAAUUCUACUUCAUCAAAAGUUCUUAUCAUUAUUAUUUGCGUAAUAGUAGCAGUUGUAGUAGUUGGGUUUGCUAUUUGUUUUUAUAUUAGAUAUAAAAAGAGAUAGAGAAUUGAACAAAUAAGAUAAAAACAUCUUCAAGCUUAAUUAAACUCACAAAAUGAUAUUUCAAAUAACUCUAAUGCAACUUAAUAAGUUGCUAUUGGCUAUCCAGUACCAGAUUAUAAUUAGCAUGCAUAUUAAAAUUAAAAUUAUUAUGCUAACAAUUAAAUUCCAUACAGUGGUAAUAUUGGUUAAAUCUCAGCUAACUAACACCCAAGUUAGUAGUAUUAAUGCACAAUACCUACAGGAGAAGCAAUACCUCAUUAUUAAAUAUAGUAACAACACCCGUAACUUAACGUCUAGCCUGGUUAUCCUGCCUAUUGA